CGCGCCCGCCACCGGGACGCCCCAGGUAAGGGACCCGAGCGCCCGCUCAGAAAGUUGGGCCCCCGAGCGACCGAGCAAGUUGCCGCGCGCCCACUUCGCGCCGUCCUUGCAGCCGCCCUUCGCUCGCCCGCGGCCCGGGGCCCUCGGCCGGACGGAGCAGGGUCGCCGAGCUGCGGACGCUGACACUGUUCCCCGAGCGAGGACCUUUCACCAUGAAUUACACGGAGUCCAGCCCAUUGGCAGGUUCUGCCUCGGCCAUGGGAAGCGUCACACCCGUGCCUUCCAAUGAGACCACUUGUGAAAACUGGAGAGAGGUCCAUCAUCUGGUGUUUCAUGUAGCAAACAUUUGUUUAGCCAUUGGCUUGGUCAUUCCAACCACUCUUCACCUCCACAUGAUACUGCUUAGAGGGAUGUUGUCUAUAGGAUGUACCCUUUAUGUAGUCUGGGCCACUCUCUACCGAUGUGCCUUGGAUAUAAUGAUCUGGAACUCUGUGUUCUUGGGUAUCAAUAUUUUGCAUCUUUCAUAUCUCUUGUACAAGAAAAGACCGGUCAAGAUUGAAAAGGAGCUGGGUGGCAUCUAUCACCGAUUGUUUGAACCACUCCGUGUCCCUCCUGAUUUGUUUAAAAGGUUAACUGGACAGUUUUGUAUGAUCCAGACCUUAAAAAGGGGCCAGACUUAUGCCACGGAGGACAAAACUUCAGUUGAUGAUCGUCUUAGUAUUCUUCUCAAGGGGAGAAUGAAGGUCUCCUAUCGAGGACAUUUCCUGCAUAACAUUUACCCCUGUGCCUUCAUAGAUUCCCCAGAAUUCAGAUCAACCCAGAUGCACAAAGGGGAGAAAUUCCAGGUCACCAUUGUUGCAGAUGAUAACUGCAGGUUCUUAUGCUGGUCGAGAGAAAGACUGACUUACUUUCUGGAGUCCGAGCCUUUCCUCUAUGAGAUCUUUAGGUAUCUUAUAGGAAAAGACAUAACAAACAAGCUCUACUCACUGAACGAUCCUACCUUAAAUGAUAAAAAAGUUAAGAAAUUGGAGCCCCAGAUGAGCCUGUGCACACAGAUCUCCAUGCUGGAGAUGAGGAACAGCAUCGCUAGCUCCAGUGAUGGCGAGGAAGGCCUCCACCACUUCCUGCGGAGCUCCUCCAGCACAUCUUCUCUCCCUGUGUCCUCCCCGCAGCAGCGAGCGUCUGGCAAGAUGAAGCCAAUAGAGGAAGGUGUGGAAGAUGAUGACGAGGUCUUUGUACAGGUGUCUGCAGAUCCACUUAGAGUCCAUCAGUUGCACUGAUGAGCCUUUAAGUGACCAAGAUGGAAGCCAUCCUGACAAGAAGUACCGUGACUUUUAGGUGGUUUGCUUCAGUCCUGCCAGAUGGGAAGUGAGGGAGGGCCACAGUCGGAAAUUGUGUCGCCUGCCCUGUCCGUUAGCUCCCUGAGUUAGCCGAGCCUUCUGACGAGGCCUUGCUCGAUUUUGAGAUAUGUAUUUUCUCAGUAGAUAUAUUAAUAUUAUUUUAAUUAAUCUUAGAGCUGUCAACACAAAUGCCUUUUCACUUAUUUUUCUAAGUGUGGCUCUUUUUUCUCACGUGUAUCUUUUUCUCUAUCAUGGUAAAUUUAGAACAAGUUGUUCUUUUGAUCAUUUUAACAAUGUAAGUUGAAAUUGAGGCUAACAUAACAUUAAAAAUUUUACCUUUU